UCCUGGACGGUUGUCCCAGAUUUUACACAUCAUGCCCAUUCUGCCUCAUUGUCAGCGGUAGCAGUGAAUAACAGAUAUGUGGUCACUGGCAGCAGAGAUGAGACAAUCCAAAUCUAUGACAUGAAAAAGAAGACAGAACAUGGGGCACUGCUGCAGCACAACGGCACAAUAACUUGCUUGGAGUUUUAUGGUACUGCACAUCUACUGAGUGGGGCUGAAGAUGGACUCAUUUGUAUCUGGAACACAAAGAGAUGGGAAUGCCUAAAAUCCAUUAAGGCACAUAAAGGGCAUGUGACGUCUCUUUCUAUUCAUCCUUCUGGGAAAUUAGCUUUGUCAGUAGGAACAGAUAAAACAUUAAGAACUUGGAAUCUUGUAGAAGGACGAUCAGCCUUUAUAAAAAACGUGAAGCAAAAUGCCCACAUAAUUAAAUGGUCCCCUGAUGGAGAGAAGUAUGUGACCGCGAUAACAAAUAAAGUGGAUAUCUACAAACUUGACACAGCUUCAAUCACCGGCACUAUUACAACAGAGAAGAGAAUUUCUUCACUUAGAUUUAUUACAGAUUCUAUCCUCGCCAUAGCUGGAGAUGAUGAAAUGAUAAGAUUCUACAGCUGUGACUCUCAAAAAUGCCUGUGUGAAUUUAAAGCUCAUGAAAACAGAAUAAAAGAUAUCUAUAGUUUUGAAAGAGAAGGACAACAUGUUAUUGUUACUGCAUCCAGUGAUGGUUACAUUAAAGUGUGGAAUCUGGAUCUUAGUAAGAUUAAAGAUGUGCUGUCUUUACUGUGUGAAGUCAGUACCAAAGCUAGGCUGACAUGUCUUGCAGUAUGGCUUGACCGAGCUUCAGAAAUAAAAGAAAAUUCUGAUAAAGCUGCAACAUCAUCUCAAG